AUGCUUCAGAUUGACUUGCGCGACAAGGACGCGCCGUUCAUGCGCGAACUCGCAAGCCGCUCAAAUGCAGAGCAAGUCUUGAACAUCAUUCAGGGCAUAUCCAGUCGCCUGAGCAGUAUGCGCGAGGGACGCAAGCCUACGCGUGCGAUACGGAAGGCGCUUAAGCCCCUUGUCCAUAAUCUACAGAGCAUCCUCGAUGCUACUGCUGAAACAGCAACAUCUUUGGGUGUUCCAGGAGGAAAGGGCAUCUUCGCGGCUGUGGCUGCGGCGGAUCGUGUGAGCGCGGCCCUCGACGACAUUGAGAAGCUUCUCCGGCGGCUGCACUCAUACGUGAAGCGAUUGAAAGUACGCGUACGGGCUCCGUUGGGGAGUGAAUCGAGGGAACUGGCCGUCAUGACCCUGACGAAGAUUCUCAAGAUGCUGGCCGCGUUGACACGCAUCGUGCAGCGAGGUCGCAUCCAGCACUUCCUGUACGCGCUGUUCACAAAAACCGACGAAGUGGGAUCUGCGUUCGAUGGGCUGGAAGAGACGGAAGUCGAAGAGGAAAGGAUGGCUAUUGCUGAGUUGGUUGUCGGGGUGGAGCAGUUGACGUCCAUGAUACGCAGCAUGGACUCUGCAGUCGCUGAUGUUUCGCAGGCCCUGGAUGUUCUGCAACCGACGCUUAAGGACGUCAAUACCCUUGCACGGGCUAUUCUAGUUGAAACGCGGAUUAAUGACGCGCAAAGCGCGAGCGCACUCCAGACACUGCUGAACCACGCCGGUGCUUUUCCUCCAUCGUCCAUAGCCCCCAAUCCACCGGAAACGGAAGUUGCUGCCGAACAGUCAGAGUUAUGGAGAAUGCAUCACAUUGUAUGGAGAUAUCUCGGUCGCGAGCUACGCCAUAUACUUUCUCGAUUCAAUACCCAGGAUCAAGAUUUGAUCUUACGCGGUGUUGUCACACUAUUCUUGUUGAUCAUCGACGCUGAAGGCAAAAACCUCGCACUUACUGUCGUUAAUCCCUCUGCCACACCUUUGGUCUGGGCCCGGGUCACUGGGACGACCUUGUCGACGGCCGCUAUGUUCCUGCUGCUAUUCAUGACAUGGAAGCUGCAUUCGGUGUCGCGUCCAAUAGGACUCCCGUCUGACUGCGUCAUCAUGGUGGAUGUCCUCGGAGAAGCUUUCAUUCUCGGACCCGAGACGUUCGCUACGUGGGAGAAUACGCAUCGGUUUAUCGUGAACGCAUUUCGCGGGCGGGUUGGGUUGUCAUACGUACAGAGGCGCAACUACGGACUGGGCGACUCUGCGCAUCUUGUAAUUGAACCGGAAUCAUCGUCGCAACUCGUGCGUCCUGGUUCAAGACUCAAUAUGAGCGUCAUAAUUCGUGAACGCGUGCCUCGAUGCCCGUACUGUGAGAUGGAGAGGAAUGGCAGGGAAAACGUAUUGGAUGAUGGAAGGAUCGUCUGCUCGCGUUUAGUCUGUGAGAGAGCAUACGGUACCUUCGUCUCUUCUGAUACGAAGUACACCCACGAAUAUAUAUCAUCCAAUGAACUCACCCCAGAUCUGUCAAGUUAUUCCAUGCCGAGUUCAUCCCAAGAGUUCCUCGAAGCGCCGCCGCUCAUGCCAGCCGCGAGGUCACCGUCUACCCAAGGUCGCCCGAGAAUAGAUCUUGAGCCCUCAGAGGACUUUCAGCCUGGCAACUUUACCACUGCUGAUGGCGUUCACCCAUCACAGUCAAUCGGUCUCGCUGACAAUGAUUCAUCUACUGGAGCUCGGGGUCGGUUUCAGAGGAUAAUCGUGGAGACCUUGAAACUCGGGGGCGAACUUCAGGUGUACUCGGUUGACCGCAAUUAUACGGGAUUCUACGUCAUGAACGCAGGCGCUGCUCAGGGAAUAAAGGCUGGGGCCGAGUUUUUGAUCUAUCAGUCUGAGUACAUCUAUGACGGUGAUGAACCGCUGGGAAUAUCGUAUGCUGCCAUCGUGCGCGAGCUCGAGACGGAACUUAGCAUCUAUAUCGCCGACGCCGCUAGUCGGCGACUACCUUCACAUUGCUUUGCCAUCCUAGAUCACGACCACAGUCCCUCUAUACUGCACCCACACGUCCCAAGUAUGCCCUAG